CGAAGUCGGUCGCUGGGUCACCCACUCGCUGGACGCUCCUAGCUAGGUCACCCACUUCCCCACCCAGCGCCGCCGCGGAAAGGGAAUUGGGCGAUGGCGAUGUGGAUGUCGGCGGCCACCCGCGCGAUGCGCGUCCACGCGCGCCGCACCCCCGCCUCCUUCCUCCUCCGCGACUCCGCCCGCCCGGACCCCAACCGGGCGCUGCUGCAGGGCCAAGCGCCCGCGCCCCGCUGGUACUCGGGAGCCGCCGCGGGCGCCGAUCCGCCGUCGAUCCCAUUCCCAGCGCACCUUGGCGUGGCCACAGUGCCGGACCUACAUGUGUUCGUCGUCGAGCGAUUCGGCCACUACCACAAGAUCCUGCCCUCUGGGGUUCACUUCCUCUUGCCCGUCGUCGACCGCAUCGCGUACGUCCACUCGCUCAAGGUGAAGCCCAUCCGCAUCCCCAACUAUCCUGCGGUCACCAAAGAUAACGCCUUGAUCCAGUUUGGAGGAUUGCUUCAUCUACAGAUAUCAGAUCCGUUCCUUGCCUCCUACGCUGUGGACGGCAACCCCAUUCACGCUGUCACCCAGCUUGCAGAGACUGUUCAGAUGAGGGAAAUCGGCAAGAUGACCCUUGAGCAGAGCUUUGAGCAGCGAGACCAGCUCGACCGCAACAUUAUGAAGUCAAUGAAUGACGCAGCGUGCGAAUGGGGGGUGGAGUGUAUCAAAUAUGAGUUUUGCAUUCAAUGGGAGCGAAGUAAGUCACUGUAUGAGGUGCUGUCCACCAGCGACGACAUGGGCGGCGUCUUGUCAGAUGACAAGCAGGAACCAGUGCCGCAUACCAAGCAAGAGUAGAUGUGUUUGGUGUGGAAGUCGUCCCGGCACUUGAGUAUCAAACAGUGGUGACUUUUGUUGCAUGAGUUUUUGUUUGUGCACGGGGUGGAACAAGUGUGAGGAGAAGUGCAGGCUGCCUUGAGCUAUGACUAGUUAAGCAAAAUUAACUUGCUGUUGCCAACGGAGCUAGUCCUUUUUGGCUUGAUAUAUCUCUCUGACAUGUUAAUUGGUAAUGCCAGCCGUUUUAGCUUUGGAUUUGCA